GACGUUUCUGUAUAACCUAAAUUUUUUAAAUAAUUUCUGAGAUUGUUAUUGUUUUGUUUGAUUUAACCUAUUUAAUAAACAAAAUCAUUAAAUUUUGUGAUUGUUAUAUUAAGACUGUUUGAAUUAUGUCGGUAACAUUGCAUACAGAUGUUGGUGAUAUCAAAAUAGAAUUAUUUUGCGAGCAAUGUCCAAAAGCGUGUGAAAACUUUUUAGCUUUAUGCGCUAGUGAUUAUUACAACGGUUGCUUAUUUCACCGAAAUAUCAAGGGAUUUAUUGUGCAAACAGGAGACCCAACUGGGACUGGUAAAGGAGGCACAUCUAUCUGGGGCAAAAAAUUUGAGGACGAAUUUAAAGAGGAAUUAAAGCACAAUACAAAAGGGAUUGUCAGUAUGGCAAAUAAUGGCCCAAAUACAAAUGGAAGUCAGUUUUUUUUUACAUAUGGAGAACAGCCUCAUUUAGAUCUUAAGUACACAAUUUUCGGAAGAGUUAUAGAUGGUUUUGAAGCACUUGAUGAUUUAGAAAAAAUGCCAGUUAAUCCAAAAACUUUCAAACCUCUCACAGAGGCUAGGAUAACAUCAGUCACUAUACAUGCAAAUCCACUUGCUGGUUGACCGUGUUAUGCAAGUCUUCCAGUCUUCAAAAUGGCAGCAAAACCUCUAGGAGCCAAAUAGAUAAUCCAUUACCUUAAACUGAUGUUCCUACUCUUGAUUUCACAAAACAAUGGAGCACAUUCUUUUGAGAAUCAGAAGCAAACAUGUCAUUGGAAUUUAAAUGAGAAUUGCAUUAUAUUUUUGUAUUUCAAAUCCUAUUUGUAUAACUGUAUAAAUUUUACUAGAUUAUGUAUUACUUUAGCUUGUGCGUUUCUAUGUUUAAGAAUGAACUUUUAGACUACAUCAUGUAACAAAGUAACAAUAAAUACAAGAUGAUGU